UUUUUACUUCAGACUUGAAUUUUGGAAUUUAGUGGCAGUUAUGGCUUCAGAUAAGGUUUCAACUUGUGUUGCCGCGAUGUCAUAUGAGUUUAUGUUCUCUAUUCUUUGUCUUAAUUUUUAUUGAAAACUUUAUUGAUCAGUACUGAAAAUUAGAAAAAUUUACAGUUCAUUGAUGAAAUGCAUUUUAUUUUACCCAAAUAAAUCGAAAGUUCUGUUGGAAAUCCAAUUAAAACCAUUAGAUGUUCCUAAAUUUCUUUCUGUAGAAUCUACUCUUGGUUGCUAUGGUAAUGGAUUUGUCUAAACAAUAAACAAUAAUAAGUGUCUUGCUGUAUUUGUAGUUAUAAUGUGUUAAGUUUUAUAGUGAAGAGAUUAUUGCUAUAGUUGUAGUUAUCAUGUGUUAAGUUCUUGAUGUGAAGAGAUUAUUUUUAAUAAUCCAUGGCUUCCAAAGGGUGUGUUAAGUGAAAAGGACAAUUAAAUAGUUUCUCAAGGGCAUUGGUUAGGUCCACUUCCUGAAUUUUCGGCAAGCUUGACUUUCAUUGGCUUUGUAGUAUUGAGAAUCUUUGGCAAAGCCGGAGUUUGAUUGCCUGUUAUCUUAUGUCUUUAAAGGUUAUAGCUUUAAGACAAGCUGAUCUUUUUCUGGACCCAAUUGUAAACGGGAAGAUCUUUGGAGAUAUGAUGUUCUAGUUCUGAGUUUGUAAAUGGCUGGAAAUGGGAGAUUUAACUUGACAUCAGCUAGCAGUGACUCGGGUUUUGUUGGCAACUACACCAAUGGGCCUAAGGGGAGCUAUACGGGUCCCACCAUGGACAGGUCUGGGAGCUUCAGAGAGAGUUCAGACACCCGUAUAUUUGGUUCUGGGAAGGGUGCAUCCCGGGGGACUGGUGCAGUUGUGGGUGAUUUGCCUUCCCUGUCACAAUGCUUGAUGCUGGAGCCAAUUGUAAUGGGCGACCAAAAAUAUCCUCGUUCAGGCGAGUUAAGGAGAAUGUUGGGCUUUACUGUUGGGAGCACUUCAGAAGACAAUUCUUUUGGUGCUGCUCAUUUGAAGUCUUCACUUCAUGUGUCUAUGGAAGAAUUAAAGAGGUUCAGAGAUAGCGUUGCAGAGACGUGCAACAAAGCUAGUGGUAGAGCUAAAAAGUUCAACGAAUGCUUGCAUAAGUUGACAAGAUUUUCUGAAGGCAUGCCUUCUAAGAAGCAACAGAGAAAUGAGCAGUUAACAAAUGAGAGAUUAGGUGGUUCAAGCAUGAAGAUGGGAACACAGAUACAUCGAGGCCCUUCAGAUCUUGUAACACAGAAGACAGAGGAGCGGCCGAAGAAUAGUACUCUGAACAAGCGUGUACGCACAUCAGUGGCAGAAACUCGGGCGGAACACCGAAAUAGUGCUCUAUCCAGGCAGCCGAUGAUAGUAAAGGAUCGAGACAUGUUAAAAGAUAGUAAUGCCGAUUCUGAUAUGGCUGAAGAAAAGAUCCGCAGAUUGCCAGCUGGAGGUGAAGGUUGGGACAAGAAGAUGAAAAGGAAACGAUCAGUUGGUGCUGUCAUUUCAAGGCCCUUGGACAAUGAUGGAGAGCCUAAACGAUUGCUGCAUCAUAGACUUGCCAGUGAACCUGGCUUGUCACCUUCUGAUUCCCAUGGUUUCAGGUUGGGAAUAUCAAGCGGUGCUGGUAGCAUUAAUAAGUCAGAUGGCUCAUCACCUGCUGGUUCUAAUGCCCGUUCGAUGCUUAAAAAUGAACAGGAAAAGUCUGCUCUUUGUAGGGAUCCAACUGCUGGUCUGAAUAAAGAGCGGAUGCUGGCAAAAGGCAGCAUCAAGUUGAAUAGUCGUGAGGAGAACCAUGCUCUCUGUCCCAGUCCACUAGCAAAAGGGAAGGCCUCAAGGGCACCACGGAGUGGCUCCCUUGCUGCUGCUAAUUCACCCUCUAACGUUCCCCGUUUACCUGGAACCUUGGAAAGCUGGGACCCACCCCCAAAUGUCAACAAAAAUCUCGCUGUUGGUGGGGCUAAUAAUCGGAAGCGUCCAUUGCCCACAGGAUCCUCAUCUCCGCCCAUAACACAAUGGAUUGGUCAGAAAAAUCAAAAAAUUUCUCGUACAAGGAGGGCUAAUCUUAUCUCACCGGUUUCAAACCAAGACGAGGUGGAGGUGCCAUCAGAGGCAUGUUCGCCUUCUGAUUUUGGAGCUAGGUUAACUCCUGGUGUAACAAGUGGUUCUAUUCUUUCAAAGGCUGUCAGCAAUGCUACACAAAACCUUAAAGUUAAAGCUGAAAGUGUUUUAUCCCCUGCCAGACUCUCUGAAAGUGAAGAAUCUGGUGCUGGUGAAAGCAGAUUAAAAGAAAAGGGUGGGGGUACUUGUGAAGGUGAAGAAAAAACUGUAAAUACUGUUCAGAGUAAUGGGAUGUCUACCUCACAUAUGAAGAAGAACAAAUUUCUUGUCAAAGAAGAAACAGGUGAUGGCGUGCGAAGGCAAGGCCGAAGUGGAAGAGGCUCGGUAUUUUCUAGGAGUAGCAUUUCUCCUAGAAGGGAGAAGUUUGAAAAUCAAGUCACAGCCAAGCCACUUCGUAACUCAAGGGCGGCUUCAGAAAAACACGGAAGUAAGUCAGGCCGUCCUUUGAAAAAGCACAGCAAAGGGUUCUCUCGUCUUGGGACUCCUUUGAGCAGUGGUUCUCCUGAUUUCACUGGGGAAUCAGAUGAUGAUCGCGAGGAGCUCCUAGCUGCUGCAAACUUGGCAUAUAGUGCUAGUAUUCAUGCAUGUUCAAGUGCAUUCUGGAAGAAAAUGGAUAGACUUUUUGCUUCUGUCAGUGCAGAGGAGAAAUCCUACCUUCUGGAACAGCUGAAAUCAGCAGAGGAAUCUCAUACGAAUCUCUCUCAAACUCUAAACCAUACCAAUGAUGUUCAGGAUGAUCAUGCACAUGAUGGAACUUCUAUUUCUGAUACUUCAUCUGUUGAGAAGAACAGAUGCAUCAAGAAUCAAAAUGGCUUGAAACUGCCAUCUGAUACAGAACUGGUCGAUCGAUUUCACGAUUCUAUUCUAAGUGCAAAAUUUGACUCAGAUAGAAUAUUUGACAAAGUUACUCCACUUUACCAAAGAGUACUGUCAGCUCUAAUUAUAGAGGAUGAUAUUGAAGAAUAUGAAGAAAACGGGUUUGACAUAUUUACGUCACCGCAUAAUGGUCCAGAAACAUUAUUGCAUGGUACACGUGUCAUUGACUCUGAGAGUAGAAAAAUGAAUAGGACAGAAGUUGAGUACGAUACAGUUUUUGGAUCUCAGAUAAAGAAAAAUGGGACUGGAAAUGAGUUUGUUUCCUGCAAUGGAUAUGGUGCAUAUCAUAGAAACCCUGAUGUCCGAGGACCUCCAUACAGUGAUGAGAUGUCACGAGGAGAUAAUGGAUAUUUGCAUUCAGAGGUUGGGCUGUUUGUAGGCCUUUCUGAAUGUGAUCCGGAUGUACCACAAAGGUUGCAGAUUAGUAGUUUUGGUAUUUCCUCAUUUGAACGUCAAUAUGCACAGAUGGCUUUUGAUGAUAAACUUUUGCUAGAGUUGCAGAGCAUUGGCCUCUAUAUUGAACCUGUGCCUGGCUUAGAUGAUAAAGAAGAUGAAGCGAUCAACGAAGAAAUUAUGCAGCUGGAGAGGGGACUCUGUCAAGAGAUUGCUAAAAAGAAAACAUAUAUGGAGAAAGUAUCUAAAGCAAUUCAAGAAGGCAAGGACGUGCAAGGAUGGGACCCUGAGCAGAUUGCGAUGAAUAAACUCAUUGAGCUGGCUUACAAAAAGCUCUUGGCGACUCGAGGAAGUCUAGCUUCCAAAAAUGGGGUUCCGAAGGUGUCAAAACCAGUUGCAUUGGCUUUUGCAAAGAGAACACUCUCCAGGUGUCGGAAGUUUGAGGAUAGUAGAGCUAGUUGCUUUAGUGAGCCUGGGCUCCAUGACAUUAUAUUCGCCGCUCCUCCUCGUAUUAAUGAGGCGGAUCUUUUGGCUGGCUCAUGCCCUGUUAACGCUGAUGGUGUUCUGAUUGAUCCGCAUGAAAGGUUCAAUCAUCAGUCUGAUCAUGCUUUUGCUAAAAAUGGGCCGAUAUUAAAUAGAGGGAAGAAAAAAGAAGUACUGCUUGAUGAUGUUGGUGCUGCUUUUCGAGCCAAUUCUACUAUUGGUGGAACUCUUCUAGGUGGUGCAAAAGGAAAGAGAAGCGAAAGAGAUAGGGACUCUUCAGCGAGAAAUGCAAAUGCAAAAGCUGGACGCUCACUGGGGAACUCCAAGGGUGAGCGUAAGACAAAAACAAAGCCCAAGCAGAAGACAGCUCAGCUUUCUACAUCCGUAAAUGGAUCUUUUAACAAAUACAUGGAGAUUAUGACCCAUCCGGUUUACCCUUCUGCUAAUGGUUCUGGAGAAUUGGUCAAUACUAGUGGUAACAGAAAAAGAGAGGGUGAUGUUAAUUCAUCAAUGGAUAAGAAAGAAUCUGCUGACGGCAUGAAUAUGCCACUGAAUGAAAUUGAUGCAAUAGAAGAGCUAGGUGUAGAAUCUGAGCUUGGGGCGCCUCAGGAUUUCAAUUCUUGGUUCAACUUUGAUGUUGAUGGUUUGCAAGAUCACGAUUCUGUGGGACUUGAAAUACCAAUGGACGACCUCUCUGAGUUAAAUAUGUUUUGACUGUGACUGCUCAUUGUACAUUCUUAUGGAUUAUUUAACUGUUCAGUAGAGAGUGAUCUUUUGCUUGUUCAAGAAUUGAUAGGUUAAGAGAUCUCUGGCCAAUUGGCACUUGUAAUUAUGGCCAUUUUGUAUACUUAUUUGAAGGGAAUGCUAGAAAAUCCUCAUUGUUUAAAUUCAGGCAAUGUUUCCUUGUAAACAAAUUAGCAAAGAAGGGCAAUUUUGUUUGAUCAUCUUUUGUAAUGUGUCCAGUUCGUUUCCCCAAUAUAUUGCAAUUUUGACUUUUUCCCCUGUUA